UCUCUCUAUGCAAUUAUUAUUAUUAUUCUUAUUUUCUCUCUCAAAACAUUUACUCCUAAACCAGAAUGGUUUUGUGGAGCAGGCUUUAAGCUGAGCUGAAGCAAAGGGAGAGGGCACACAGUGACCUAACUCUUAAAUAUGCACUACUCUUCAACUUCACAAGCUUCAGUCAGUUUGUCUGAUGACCCAAUGCUUCUUUUCCUGAGUCUGGUGCUUCUGUAGGAGGAGGUGGUUGGUGGGCGGUUUCUUUAUGGAUUUUGGGGUGGUGGGUUUGGAUGGGUUGGUGGGUUCAGACACUGGUUUAGCUUCUCUUGGUUCAGAUCCUGAGACCAAGCAAAAGUGGUACGGAUCUGGGUUCCUCAAGCAAGAGAGAUCUGGGGCUACUGAAGAUGAUUGGAAGAGCUUAAAGAUUGCCAAGACUGAUGAUUUCUCAGCCUCCAAGGCAAUGCUGCUUCCACACAGAAAUGCUUUACUGAGAUCUAAUACCACUCUCUUCUCUGAUGCUGGUCAGCAAGAACAGCAGAUGCUCAGCUUCUCUUCUCCCAAAUCAGAACCUCUAUUUAUGGAGAGGAGCUCUCAGAAUGCCAUAUUUCCCUACUAUCACCACACAUCCUCUGCUUAUAAUAGAAAUACAGGUUACAGCUCUGGGAACUUGAAUGGUGGAAGCAUGCAUGGGGUUAUGGCAGGGGUUAGAGGGCCAUUCACCCAAUCUCAAUGGAUGGAGCUAGAACACCAGGCCUUGAUCUACAAGUACAUCACUGCAAAUGUGCCUAUACCAUCAAACUUGCUCAUGCCCAUCAGAAAAGCCCUUGAUUCCGUUGGGUUCUCCACCUUUUCUGCCGGAGCUCUCAGACCCAAUGCAUUGGGAUGGGGUUCUUUCCAUCUGGGUUUCUCCAACAAUACCGAUCCUGAGCCAGGACGAUGUCGGAGGACUGAUGGGAAGAAAUGGCGGUGCUCAAGAGAUGCAGUUGCCGAUCAGAAGUAUUGUGAGCGGCACAUGAACAGGGGCCGUCAUCGUUCAAGAAAGCCUGUGGAAGGCCAAACCGGCCAUUCCGUCCCCGGACCCACCACCACUGCCACAAAGCUGAUGCCUAUUACUUCCUCUUCAUCAGCAUCAGUGGUGACCGGUGGCGGCACAUCCAACAGCCUUGCCAUUGCGCAUCACCAGAUCAAGAAUUUGCAUCCAGGUGCAUCUAAUCCUUCUGCAGCCACCCCUAUCAAUAGGAUAUUUUUGAACAAAGAGAAUGUGGGUGAGAGAAUGCAAGAGACACAAGGCCUAUCCAUCUUAUCUUCCACCAUUGACCAGAAAUCUAAAGAAAACCAAUUCUCCUUGCCAAAACAGCAGAUCCCAUAUGAAGAAUCCUCUCGAGCUGGGUUUGGUCUCAUCCCCUCCAACUCCCUCCUCAGUAAAAGCUCCUCCUUCAUGAACUGCAGAAACUUUGGUUCUUCCCAAGACCUCAACAACCAUGAGCCUGACUCACAACAUUCCCUUCGCCAUUUUAUAGAUGACUGGCCCAAAAACCAGUCAGACCGGACUGCCAUUUCUUGGCCUGAUAUUGAUUUGCAAUCAGAUAGGACCCAGCUCUCAAUUUCAAUCCCCAUGGCUUCCUCAGACUUCAUGUCUUCCACUUCCUCACCCACAAAUGACAAACUCACGCUCUCACCACUGAGAUUAUCACGUGAAUUUGACCCGAUUCAAAUGGGCUUGGGAGUGGGAAGUGUCCUCAAUGAACCAAACCAAAGGCAAGCCAAUUGGAUUCCCAUCUCUUGGGAAACUUCCAUGGGAGGACCUCUAGGAGAGGUUCUGCACAGCACUAAUAACAAUGGAGGGGACUGCAAGAACUCGUCAGCUCUUAACCUCAUGACAGAGGGUUGGGAUGGCAGCCCACGACUAGGGUCAUCCCCCACUGGUGUUUUACAGAAGACUUCAUUUGGUUCACUUUCUAACAGCAGUGCAGGGAGCAGCCCAAGAGCAGGGAACAAGAAAACCAAUGAUGGGGCUAGCCUUUGCAAUGAUCUACUCGGCUCAACCCUUGUUAAUUCUUCCUCACUGCCAUCCUUGUAACUGUUUGACCUCUGACUAGAAGGAACAUUAGGUGAUGGACGAGGAAUGAGUUUUAUCUGUGCUGACAAAUACAGAACAACUAGUUUUGGUAGUUUGAAUUAGUUUGUCUAAUUUCUUUAGUUUUGCUUUCCCUUUCUUGUUUUGGAUUUGUUUUCUAAGUAGAAACUUGACUGGUUACAUGGGCUGGAUCUGUGGGUGUGAUUUCAGAUUUUGAUUUUUCUGUUUUAUGCUGUCAUGCUUGGGAAGAUUCAGUUGUUUUGAUGGA